AUGGCCCGUGACACGGGGCUCUGCUUCGCUCAUCCGCCCGCAUAUCUAUCUGCGGACACAUCGUCCACAUUCCUUGCGAUUACUGAAGGGUGUGAGCUCGUCGCACCGGAGCAGGUGGCCGCCCGCACACAACUUUUGUCCAUGUUCAUGGAACAUUCCUCGGCGUUUCGCAUAGCGAGGCUUCCUGCGCUGCAGUGGCGCACCCUCGCGGGUCGCGAUGGCCGUGAGAUGACCGCGGCCUCCGCUGCCCCGCCGCCCGCGCCGCCGCCCGCGCCCAUCGUAAGCGGCGCCCACCCGCUGCGCCCGCCCCCCGCCCUCUGA